CCAUGGCUCCCGGGCAGCUCGCCUUAUUUAGUGUCUCAGACAAAACUGGCCUCGUGGAAUUUGCCAGAAACCUCGCUUCUCUUGGCCUGGAUCUGGUUGCUUCUGGAGGGACUGCGAAAGCGCUGAGGGAUGCUGGUCUGACAGUCAGAGAUGUCUCUGAGCUGACAGGGUUUCCUGAGAUGUUGGGGGGCCGUGUGAAAACCCUGCAUCCUGCCAUCCACGCAGGAAUUUUGGCUCGUAAUAUCCCAGAAGAUAAUGCUGAUAUGGCCAGACUUGAUUUCAAUCUUAUAAGAGUUGUUGUUUGUAAUCUGUAUCCAUUUGUGAAGACUGUGGCUUCUCCAGACGUAACCAUCGAGGCAGCUGUUGAGCAAAUUGAUAUUGGUGGAGUGACCUUGCUCCGAGCAGCAGCCAAGAACCACUCCCGCGUGUCAGUCGUGUGCGACCCGGAAGACUAUGCGGUGGUGUCUGCGGAGAUGCAGGGCUCCGACAGUAAAGACACCUCCUUGGAGACCCGACGCCAGCUAGCCCUGAAGGCAUUCACUCACACAGCACAGUAUGAUGAAGCAAUUUCCGAUUACUUCAGGAGACAGUACAGUAAAGGAAUAUCUCAGAUGCCCUUGAGAUAUGGGAUGAACCCUCAUCAAACACCUGCCCAGCUGUAUACAUUGAAGCCCAAGCUUCCCAUCACAGUGCUGAAUGGAGCCCCUGGCUUUGUAAACCUCUGUGAUGCUUUGAAUGCCUGGCAGCUGGUAUCAGAACUCAAAGAAGCUCUCAGCAUCCCAGCUGCUGCCUCUUUCAAACACGUCAGUCCAGCAGGUGCUGCUGUUGGCAUCCCACUCAGUGAGGAUGAGGCAAAAGUCUGCAUGGUCCACGAUCUCCACCAGACCCUUACCCCCAUCGCCACCGCAUAUGCUCGAGCAAGAGGAGCUGAUAGAAUGUCUUCAUUUGGUGAUUUUAUUGCAUUGUCUGAUAUUUGUGAUGUUCCUACUGCCAAAAUUAUCUCCAGAGAGGUAUCUGAUGGUAUCAUUGCUCCAGGAUAUGAAGAAGCUGCCUUAACAAUCCUUUCUAAAAAGAAAAAUGGGAACUACUGUGUUCUUCAGAUGGAUCAAUCUUACAAACCAGAUGAAAAUGAAGUACGAACUCUUUUUGGUCUUCGUUUAAGCCAGAAGAGAAAUAAUGGUGUCGUUGACAGGUCAUUGUUUAGCAACAUUGUUACCAAGAAUAAAGAGUUGCCAGCGGCUGGUCUGCGAGACCUCAUCGUGGCCACUGUUGCCGUCAAGUACACUCAGUCCAACUCUGUGUGCUACGCCAAGAACGGUCAGGUCAUUGGGGUCGGAGCAGGACAGCAGUCUCGGAUACAUUGUACACGCCUUGCAGGGGAUAAGGCCAACGCUUGGUGGCUUAGACAUCAUCCACGAGUGCUUUCAAUGAAGUUUAAAACCGGUGUGAAGAGGGCUGAAAUCUCGAACGCCAUCGAUCAGUAUGUUACAGGAACCAUCGGCGAGGGUGAAGAUUUGGUUCAGUGGAAGGCACUAUUUGAGGAAGCCCCUGAAUUAUUAACUGAGGAGGAGAAGAAGGAAUGGAUUGGCAAACUCAGUGAAGUUUCCAUAAGUUCUGAUGCCUUCUUUCCUUUCAGGGAUAAUGUGGACAGAGCUAAAAGGAGUGGUGUGGCUUACAUUGCUGCUCCCUCCGGUUCUGCGGCUGACCAGGUUGUGAUUGAGGCGUGCGACGAACUGGGCAUCAUCCUUGCUCACACCAGCCUCCGACUCUUCCACCACUGAGGCAUCGCAAGUGACUGUUUUUUUGGUUUGCAUACAAUAUAGAUGUACAAUCAUCUUAAAGAUUUCAUUUGAAAAAAAUAAUAAAAU